GAUGUGGACAAAAUGGCAAGUGUAAGAAUGUGAGUAGAAAAGAAUUAAAAGCAAGGAUGUUAAGUCAAACAAAAUACAGAUAAGAUAAGAACGAAUGUCGAAUAUUUUUUAUGCCAUAUUUCCUACUUCGUAAUUAUUUACAUCAUAAACUAUACAGAAAACAAAAAAUUAAAUUGUCUUUCGUGUGUAACGAAACUGAGCAUGAUUGCAUUACCAGCUAUGAAAUUCAACUCAUGAACAUGAACAAUCUAGAGAAGAUUACUUCUUUCUAUUGUUCAAAUAAAGAAUUUCCUGAAACACAAACCGCAACAAAUAGUUCAAUCUAAAAAUGUGCAAAACCAUGUUGCAAUUGAUAGUCGUGUUUUUGAACAUCGCAAGUGGAUUAUCAUUGCGCAAUUCCCGUGCAGCCGAGCGGACACGAUGCAAUAAUGUCGAACAUUAGCACUGAAAAGCCUGGCGUUAGCUGUAGCUGGAUUCCUGGGCUUUCCGGUUUCGAGGGAUUCCUCAAUGCUCGAUGAUGUCAUCAUUGUGCGCGCGCUGAGCUGAGCUGAAGGAGUCACAGCAAUUGCAUCUCUACUUAAAAAGAGACGAGGCGCUACUAAUGCUCACUGGUUCAGCGACUACCUUCUCAGUAAGAUACCUACCAAACUUUGUCUUGAGCCAAAUCCUAUUUCACAUUUCAUUUUUCUUUGAUACAUCAGGAAUCUUUAACAUAAACAUGUCUAACGGAUACAGAAUCCCUUUUGAGGAAAUGCUGAAGUGCAGCAUAUGCCAGGGCAGAAUCAAGAAUACCAGGAGUCUACCCUGUGGACAUACCUACUGCAAGGGUUGUCUCACUAGAUCCACUUUCGCUUCCUACCCUCGCCCUCGAGGAAGCAUCCAAUGUGCAGAAUGCAUGAAGACAACUCAGCUACCCUCCGGAGGAGUAGAAGGUCUACCGCGCUGCUUUGCCAUCAACAGCCUCGUGGAUGAUAUCAACGAGACCUUUGGCGGAGGCGGCAGCGCCACAAGCAGCAGGAGAAGCAGUACGAGCACCGGCAGAGGGGAAGAACUGUCCCUUGGUAGACAUGGUUUCCAAGUCAAGGAAACGUUCUCCUGCGUAUUCUGCUUAAAUUUGAUGAGAGACGCCCGCUAUCUACCUUGCGGACACCCCUUUUGUCGAGAAUGCCUGAAGAUGCAGCCACGAACAACACCAGGCGGUAUCAAGUGCUCCAAGUGCCAGAAGGUCCACAACCUACCAGCCCAAGGAAUCGACGGUCUCCCUGUCGCUUACCGCAUCAACAGCAUCGUGGCUGAGAUCAGGUCUGGUGACAGUGAAACUAGUGGUGUAUCAUCACGGACGCGUUCCUCCCAGAACAGACAACACCAACCUCCCCAUUCUCAUCGAUCACCUGACACUCAUUCUAGACCAUUGAUGGAGGACGUCGACGAGGCCAAGAGGAGGGCCCAGGCCGGCAACCAAAUCCAGGUCUUCGUACGACAAAUCAACGGGAGGACCCUCACCAUCAACACCAGAGCCAACGCCACUGUAGACGAUCUCCAGCGAGAGAUCAAGACGAGAACCAGCAUUGACCUGUCCCAGCAGAGGCUGACCUUCAGCAGUCAGAAUUUGACCGACAGGACAAGAACAUUGUCAUCCUAUGGAAUUGUAAAUCAUUCCAAUAUUGAUAUGAAUGUGAGACUCCGUGGAGGUAGCCAAUAGAUAUUCUUUCCUCCGUUUCCUUUUCAUAAUUUGUUUUUAUUUUAUUUUUUUAAUAUUUAAAAAAAAAAAAUUAAUAAUUUUUUUUAGGGGUGGGUUUUUGUUUUCUUUAAUCCAUUUUCCUUUCUUUGCGGUUUAGGCUGCACAUACAAAUUAAAACCGCACAGGCCUUUGCGCCUUCUUCAUUGUGUUAACACUGUUAAUAUGCCUUGUGAAAUUGCAAUCAUUAUAUAUGUCUACAGAUUGACUACUUGAGUAAUAUUUUGGUAUGAUAAAAGAAAUUGAAGAAAAUAAAUGUUACUUUGAGUUGAAUUGAAAGAGUUUUAUAAAAACGUCCUGAAUAUUUCAUUUCUUAUUCAAAACAUACUGUACAAAUGUCUUUGACCUUCAGCACCCCACUAAAAAAGAACAACGACAAGAAAAGAAGAACAAAACACAAAUGAUAACAAAUAUUUAGUUUUAAAUUUAUUCAUGGGUCAUUCUUUAUGACAGAAAAAGAAUUCAUAUAUAGUAUAGUAAAUGUAGACAUGUCAUUCCUAAUUCUAACAUCGAUGCUUUCAUAUUAUUAAAUUAACUUUUUUGUCAAGUGAUAUACGUUAUAUCAGGCAUUUUCUUUUUCUGAAAAGGUUGGCUUCGUUAAGUUAUGUUUUUUAUGCAAGUACUGUGACGAUAAAAUAGGAAUUCGUAGCGUCACGUUUGUUUAGACAUGUUGCUAGCGUUUGUAAUGUAAUGCAUGUAUGAAAUUAUAUUUGUAAAUUAUCAUCAUUUUAAGCAUUCAUAAUCAAUAUUUGUAUGUACGACAUUGUAUAUUUUUGUUAACUCAUAUUCGACUCCAAAUGCAUCAUAAGUUCACAUUGUUCACAUGCCAUUAUAGGCCUAUACAAAAAAAAAAUCAUAGGAAGGGUAUAUCAUGAACAAAUUGUAUGGCAUCUUUAUCAAUUUGAUUUUCUAUCAUGAUAUUAUGUUAUAGAGAAACAUCCACAUAUUCAGCAAUUAUUUUUUUGUAGAUAAAUUUUUUCUAAUGAAUAUAGGUGAAUUUAAAUGAUCAAUACACCAUCACAAUGAUCACAUUCAAAGAAAUUGGCAGAAAGAAGUGAUAUGUAAAGGCAUAAUGUAGGCAGCAAAGAUGUGUCAACUUAGUAAACUUUUGCAAAAAAUGCAUGAAGAAUAUUUGAAUAAUGAUGUACCGCGUGAUAUAAGUUGUGCAAUGUUGGAUUCAUUAGAGAUUAAAAAGUAACAAACGCCAUCAUUUAUUCUACACUUUUAUUAAAUUUUGAACUU